UGAGGAGUUUGUGUCCGUCUAUCUUUUAUGGAUACUGUACGACAAUUGAAACACCGUAUAAAGAAUAUCAAGUGGAAGAACGUGAAACGUACAGCUUCCAUAGCCAAAGGCAAGGCUGUCUCCAAGGUGAAAGACUUUUAUAUGACAGACUUUGAAAACCGUGUACGUAAAGCGACUUCCAAUAGAAACUGGAGUGUUGGGUCGGUUGAACUGGCAGAAAUAGCACAGUACAGUUAUAACCCGUUGUUGUACAAAAUUAUGAUGGACAUAGUGUACAGUCGUUUAAAAGAUAAGGGACACAACUGGAGAAGAGUUUACAAGGCAUUGGAGCUAAUUCGUUAUUUAAUAUUGCACGGAGCACCAGGAGUACUCUUGGAUAUGCAACACAGCGUUCAUACCUUUGAAGCGCUCGAAAAUUUUCGUUAUGUGCAUCCUAAGACUGGUAAGGAUGUGGGUCAUAACGUGCGACUUAAGGCCAAGCAACUUGUUGACUUGAUAAGGGAUCGCAGGCUAUUGGAAAAGGAGCGAGAACAGAGUAGAGCUAUGCUAGACAAAAUAUCUCAAUCCAAAAGAGUUGCUUAUUCAAGCACUACUGCCUAUUUAGAUAAAAGUAAAGCCAAAGUGGAAGACACUCCUGGAGAACGUAUAUCUCAACGGCGUAUCGUUGUAGAUAAAGACUACAGUAUUCAUUCCAACGACGAUAUUGGCAGCGCCAGUAGUAACUACAGAGGUUCUAUUGGCUCCGAGAACAAGCGAAUGACAGUUCAAGCUACGUGUCACGACUCUCAUCUAUCGACCAACAAGCAGCAUCCUACUCAAGAACACUUGGAAAACGACUUAUUACUUUUGGACGAUUUAUCCCAAGAUGAUGAAGCCUCUGUCAGUGAGGAGUCCAUUCAUGAUGUAGAAAGUGACAAGGAUUUCGGGGAAUUUGUUGAGAGUUUAUCCGACAUGAAAUUGGAAGAAUCAUCAAGGAAAAGCGCUGACGAUUUCCUGACAGAUUUAAAGCUCCCAGAAGGGGCACCUGAUUGGCAACGAAGUACUUGUGAGAAUUCUAAUGAUCAGUUCGUUUCAAAAGUAAAAGCCAAUACCAGUACAAGAGAAAAUUUGCAGAAAACAAUGUCAGAGGACAAUGUUAUUACAACGAAGAUCGAAGAUGAUGUAUCCAAUGAAAUGAAUCGAAAUUCCAAGUUAGUUGCCAAAAGUCCUCCUAAUGACUCGAUUUCCAGUGGCAAGGGAACAAAGAAAAAAGCUUCGGAUUCUCAAAUUACCACUUUAGAUUCACGGCAAGUACGAGGCAUCACUUCUCAGGAGGACAAUCAAGACGAUCCAUUUGGUCAGCUUGUGAGUGAAUGGAUAAAUGCAUCACAUCCAAGUCAUCGGUAAAUAAACAAUUGCAUCUCUUAUUUAUUGUUACAACAGUUGUUUACUCUUGUAAGAAAGUUUGCGGUUGUUCGGUCAACUUGUAGCUUUCUUCUCUGUUUUGAUGUAAAAAGCAUUGGAUUCUAGUCCAUAAUACAUGAAUACAGUCCUCUAUAGUUGAAUUUGCAGUAUGUAAUAUAAUAUCGGGAUGUUCUGGAAUCUCAUAAGGAGAAUCGAUACCCGUGAACUGCUGAAUCUCACCGUUUCUAGCCUUGGCAUAAAGACCUUUUGGAUCUC